AUGAACCUCCUCACCCAGGUGAGCAGCUCCAGGCAGGAGGUGGCCGGGGUGGUGAGCACGGCAGCGUUCUUCCUCUGCGAGGGGCUGCUCAGACAGCACUUCGACGUGGUCCCCAAUGGGACCAUUGAUCCCCAGCCUGGAGACCUCUUCCUCUUCCCACUGGCCUCGGGGGGCCCUGGCUGGUGGGGCGCCCACGCCGGCAUCUACUGUGGUGAUGGGGAGAUCAUCCACCUAGAAGGGUUAUCGUCAUUGGGGAUCGUGGCCAAGCACGGCAAGAGCCAUCUCCUGCGGACUCGGGGCCCGGCCAAGGUGCUGCGGAAGAAGGGAGAGCUGGAUGAGGCUGCCCUGCAGCAGCGGAUCCGGGUGGCCAUGGACCAGGUGGUGGAGUAUGACGCCAUCACCUGCAACUGCAUCCACUUCGCCCUCACCCUGCUGGGGCUGGGCCAGCGUGCUGCUGCCAUGGUGCUCCUUUCCAUGAAGGCACAGAUGGUGAGCAGCAGAAGACAGUAUGAAACAUUCUGGUUUCUGCUGAACAAGAGUGUCCCAGGGCAGGGGGAGAUGUUUAAGGAGGUAUCAGAAAAGAUGAUUCAGCCUGGGGACAUUGUGCUCUUCCCCAUGGAUAGUAUCUUGGGCAGAGUCAGCAACGUCUUCAAACACGCGGCUGUCUACUGUGGGGAUGGAGAGGUCAUCCACUUCCAGUACACGGGUGCUAGUUUGAAUGAUGGUGUGAUCAGCAAGGAGGGCUUCAAAGCCAUGAAAAGGAAGAGGGGAAAAUGUGAGAUUUACUUGAAAGUGGGCAAGCUCAACCUUGAAGAAUUCAGGCGUAGGGUGAUAGCCCAAAAACAAGACAGCAGCAACUUGUUUGUGAGUAUCCCCCGGGUCAACCUCCCCAGUCCUUGCUGGAGAUUCCGUCUUCUUAGCUCUGUCACCGGCUCCAUCCCAGGGACAUCCCUGCCACCUACCCUGAUGCCAGGCACCAGUUUCAGUCUGCAGAGAGACAUAAAGGAACUCACGUUUGUGCUGCACCAGAGGAUCUCCACGGGCGUGGAUGUCUUUGAGGAGGUAUCAGAGAGUACAUUGCAGCCUGGGGACAUGGUGCUGUUCCCCUUGGGCAACAUCGACGGCAACGUCAAAUCCACCUUCAAACACGUGGCUGUCUACUGCGGGGAUGGAGAGGUCAUCCACUUCCAGAACAGAAAUUCUGGGACAAGCAUCGGUGUGAUCAGCAAGGAAGGCUUCGAAGCCAUGAAAAACAGUAGGGGGAAAUGCCAGAUUUACCGGAAAAAAGGUGAGAUCGUUCUCGAUGACUUGGAGAGAAAAGUCAAGGAGGCGAUGAACAGCGAGGGCAAAUAUCACGAGGGCAUAAACAACAACAUCCAUUUUGCCUUCCACCUUCUGGAUUUGACUGACUUCUACAAAACUCUGGUGGAAAUCCCAGGCGAAGCUAGCAGCCAAGAGGCCUGGAGUCUCCCCAGUGUCAGCCCUCCCCAGCAGGGCUCUCAGGAUGCUAUGAGGGCCAUGGGGUCCCCAAAGAGGAUUGGGGUCCCCAAAGAUGGAAGAUGUCUCCAGGAAGGUUGUGAUCCUCAGGAUUCCUGGAGUCCUCAAAUCAAGCUGGUGAGCACAGAGCUGGGCUGUGGCUCCUGCAUCCACAGCCAGCCCUGA